UGUACGUCGGAGUUGAGGAACUGCAGCCAUGGUGUUCAAUCUGGAGGAAGACAGGGGUCAAGAAAGACAGGGGUCAAGAAAGACAAACACGAGAGGGGGCGGAGACAAGGAAAAGGUUGGGAGACAGCAGCCAAUCAGUGAGCAAGCAAUGCCAUCACCAUUGUCACAUGUCCAGCUCAUGACACCAAGAAUGUGUGGAAGCAUGAUGUGGGAUGGAUAAACAACAACAAAACUCUAACAUGGCCUCUAAUGACCCUGACCUUCCUGAGCCCUCUGGUGACCCCCAGCCUGGUGACCUCAUUGAGAUCUUCAGACCAGCUUAUCAGCACUGGGCUCUCUACCUGGGAGAUGGUUACAUCAUCAACUUAACUCCUGUUGGUCAGUGGGACGUUUUACAGAAAGCAGUGGUGCGCAUGCAGCUGCUGAAGGAGGUGGUGGGAAGCGACUCGUACCGUGUCAACAACAAGUACGACCACAGUCACACACCCCUGCCCAUCUAUGAAAUCAUUCAACGAGCACAAGUCCUCAUUGACCAGGAGGUGUCUUAUGACCUGCUGGGGAGCAACUGCGAACACUUUGUUACCCUUCUGCGUUAUGGAGAGGGGGUGUCUGAGCAGGCUACACGAGCCAUUGGGGCCAUCAGUUUGGUGACCGCAGCCGCCAGUGCCUUCUCCAUGCUGGGACUGAUAAAUGCACGAUCCAGAAACAGGCCUUUCUAGCACUGGAUGGUGUUGUAUCCUAACAUUCAUAUGGCUGUGAUAACAUAAUAU